AUUUGCCUUUCUUUUCUUCACUUCUCAUUAUUUGACUUCAAUUUUUUCAUAACGCAUGACACCGUCGCUAAGCGUCUCAUUGAAGAUUACUGAUCCCAUUUCGGAUGUACUUUCGUCUGAAGUUUACUGCCAGGUAUUCUCGACCAUCAUGAUUCGCCACCUCUUCACUACAGACGAGUGCUCAUGAAUCACUCACACGUCCCUUCGUGGCGCUAACUACAUCGCCCUGUUCACAACAAAUCAUGGCUGCCAAUGCGCGUAUGCUGCUUGACCCCAAGUCGAUAAAGAAGAAAUCAAAACCAGAAGCCAACGUUUCAUCGACUGACAACAUGCCUCCGAAGCACCAGGCCGCUCUACCUCUCAAUCAGGCUGAUGCAAUACGCACAAACUCAAUCUUACCACAUACUCCGCCAGGAUAUUCGGAAGCUCGGACAUUGCUGGAUCCACGCUCACUCCUCCAGCCUAAGCGGUCUCAGAUUUCAAGCCUGAAUGCGGGCCGACCAAUGCCGUACAGUGGUGCAGACCAUGACAAUACGCAUCCACACCCCUCACAUACUCCUGGGUUGAAUCGCCAGCAUAGCGGUCCUCGGUCUCUGUUAGAGGCUGUGCAUGGCGUGGAAUCCCGAGUCGGUCAUCCCCGGAAGAAGGUGAAGCCAAGUCCCAGCUCUGAGAGCACCGAGUCAAAAAAGGCCUUGAGCUAUGCACAUCAUCCCAGCAGUGGCAUCGUUGGCGGAUACAUGCGUCCCGAUCCUGAAAAGUCUGCCGAGAAUACAUUGAAAUCUCUAGUCGACCUCACCAACGACGACGACGGCGAUGAAGACGAUGACAUUGAGAUUGUCUCUUCCAGAACCGUGGAUGACGAAGAAGUUUGCUACGGUCAUUUCUCGACCAACGUACACGCACACCGCAUUCCCAAACCCAAGAAUAUUUCGACUUUUCAGGGAGACAAGGAAUGGCCGGUCAUGAAAUGUACUCUUUUGCGAACACGAUCAAACGAUACCAUCAUUGAAGUUUCGGAUCCAUGGGGCGUCGUGUUCGGUAAGGUAAACGCCGACUUUGCCGCUGCCCUGGCCCCAGUAUUGGACGGUCUGCCAGGAGUUCGAACGCAGGCGAGGCUCAUCAAUCGCCGUAAGAAGCCAAACGAGUGGCCUCACGUCGAAUGCUCCGAGUUUCUGAAAAUGGUCGUAAAUGUCUACGGGCGAAGAAGGGAUGUCGCAAAAAUCGGACGACACUUUGGACAACAUAACUUUUGGUUUCGCCCACCAAUGGCUCCUGAGCCUGGUAUCCCAAUCGUCAAUCCACACCAGAAGAAGGAUCUCCUACCUCAGAUUACCAGAAAGACCGGACACACUCCUAUUCUUUCCGAUGCCCGUACUCUGGAAGAAGCAACAGAAGCCGUAUCGAAGCUCUUUGACUCAUUUGCGCAUGCCGGAAGUGCUUUGGAAGAGAGCGACCCGCCCUCGUCGGUCAUUACAACUCCUUUGUUAAGCCAUCAAAAACAGGCGCUCACGUUCAUGCUCCGCCAUGAGAAAGCGAGAACAUUCGGGACUGAUGAGUCGGACAAUUCUUCUUUGUGGAGACGGGUGACCACUAAGAUUGGUGCCACGGUCUAUCGCGAGGUUGUCAGUGGAAUCUCAGUAAAAGACGAGCCGGAUCAAGUCUUUGGAGGACUGCUCGCCGAUGUCAUGGGUCUCGGAAAGACUUUGGAGGCCUUGUCACUGAUAGCGAGCACGCUAGACGAGGCGAUGGAAUUCAGCAAGGAGAAGAUCGUUCGAGAUGAUCAAAACGUGCUUCUGGCGAACACUCAGGCAACAUUGAUUGUCUGUCCUACAAGUACGGUCAAGAAUUGGGAGGACCAAAUUGCGGCGCAUAUGGAUUCGGAUGCUGUGUCUUAUUACGUCUAUCAUGGUCCAAAUCGAGAACGGAACCCGUACAAGUUGUCAAAGUUCGACAUCAUCAUCGCCACCUACGGGGUUGUGGCCUCCGAGUUCUCGGGCAGGGGUGCCACUGGUGUCACUCCACUGAAACAGCUGAAGUGGUUCAGAAUCAUAUUGGACGAGGCCCACACGAUCCGAGAACACAAAGCUCAGCAAUCUCAAGCCAUCUACAGCCUAGAGGCCGAGCGUCGAUGGUGCCUGACAGGAACACCGAUUCAAAAUCGUUUGGACGAUCUAGGGUCGCUGACCAGGUUUUUACGGCUCUAUCCAUACGAUACGCCAACCCGAUUUAACCAGUACAUCAGAGGUCCCGCGCAAGCUGGAGACCCGAGUUUCUUGAAAGCUUUGCGAGUGUUUGUCGACUCAUUCACCCUCCGACGACUGCGAGACCAGAUCGAUUUGCCAGAGAGGAAAGACUUUGUGGACUUGCUUGAUUUCUCUCCAGAAGAGCGACAACUGCACGAUUUUUUCAAGGAAAUUGCGCAUGUACAGAUUCAAGAACUGGCACACAUGAAGCAGAAGAGCAGCGGAGUUCAGCAUCAUGUUCUCCGAGGUAUCAUGACGCUGCGGCUGAUUUGUGCCCAUGGCCGUGAUCUGCUGAAGGAGAAGGAUCUGGAAAAGCUGAAAGGCAUCAGUAAAAGUGAGGCUAUUGACCUUGACGACUACAUGCCCUCUACUAUCUCCAGACAGACAGCCUACGAAUCUCUGAAUCUCAUGACUGAGGCCGAACUUGAUCUUUGUCGACGAUGUGAACGCCGAAUAACGGAAAUAGAGUUCGAAGAUGAGCAAGGCAUUCGCUGCUACGUCUUACCGUGCUUCGAUUUGAUCUGUGCAGAAUGCUUCGCAGCGGACAAAAGCACCUUCGACACGAGACCUGACAAAGAACCGGUGACUUGCCCGUACUGCUCCAAAGAAAUCGCUGCGCAGUAUGUUGGAUUUAGUGGAUCCACUGCGCAAGAGAUCUAUGCAGCCCCCGACGACAAUAUCGCGCAGGACGAGGACGAAGCGACAGCGCACACAUACCACGGGCCACAUACCAAGACAAAAGCGCUCCUGCAAGAUAUUGCGGUGAUGCAGAAGGACAGUGAGCCUUUGGAAGCUGCUGGUGAACCUCCGCUCAAGUGUGUCGUAUUCUCCGAAUUUACUUCGCACCUCGACCUGAUUGAGAUUGCGCUGCGAGACCAUGGACACUCGUUUGUGAGGAUCGACGGCAAAAUGUCGCUAAACAAUCGAAAGAAGGCCAUGGACGCGUUGGCGUCGGACGACAGUGUCACAAUUCUCCUCGCAUCGAUCAAAGCGGCAGGGCAAGGACUCAAUCUCACCGCUGCAUCCCGAGCCUUUAUCAUGGAGCCCAUGUGGAAUCCAGCCGCAGAGGCACAAGCCGUCGAUCGGAUCUAUCGGAUCGGGCAGAAGCGGCCAGUUUUGGUGAAACGAUAUCAAAUGAAAGAUAGCAUUGAGAGAAAGAUCGUCGAGUUGCAGAAGCGCAAGCAACAGUUGGCAGACGUGUCUCUGAACCAGAACCAUAAGCAACUCAGCAAGAAGGAGGUGCGAGAACAACAUAUGAAGGAGAUUUUGGCUCUUUUCAAAUAAAUCAGUGCAUCUUAUCAGAGCAUUUUUGGCGAGCUUUCCAAGAUGCUUUGGACAUGGAAUUUUGGGCGCUGGCGCUGGUGUUUGUAUUAGACCUCGAGCCCCUUCAGCUUUUUCAGAUGUAUCAGAAUUAUUUGCUUUCUUCGAAUACCAGAAUAGAGAAUUAGAGAUC